CCUGCCGCCCGGCGGGGUUGGCAGCGAUGUGAGCUGGACGCCUGCCCCGAAGCAAUCUGGACCGAACGUCCCCGGAGAGUCGCCGGCCGUACCAGGAAGUCAACUUCAAGCAGAUUGACUUGAAUCGAGAUCUCCUUUGAGAAGCGUAAGUGUCCAGUAAACUGCAUUGGUAUUUUUUUACUGCAUUGGAAAAGACUCAAGUUCCAGUGGCUUUACCAUCCUGUACUUUACUUUCUGAAAACCUGGCAAUCCCAUGUGGACUUCGGGUAGAAUGAGCAAUGCAAAGAGCUGGCUGGGACUUGGCAUGUCCUUGUACUUCUGGGGACUGAUGGACCUUACGACCGCCGUUCUCUCGGGCACACCAACACCACCAGGCAAAUUAGAAGCACUCCCGUCAGACAAGCCACAGUCACACUCGCGGACAAAGAGGAGCUGGGUUUGGAACCAGUUUUUUGUUCUGGAAGAGUAUACUGGAACUGACCCUUUGUAUGUUGGCAAGCUUCAUUCAGACAUGGACAGGGGAGAUGGAUCCAUCAAAUACAUCCUCUCAGGAGAAGGUGCAGGUGUCGUGUUUACCAUUGACGACACCACUGGAGACAUCCAUGCCAUUCAGAGGCUUGAUCGAGAGGAAAGGGCCCAGUACACUUUAAGGGCUCAAGCCCUAGACAGGCGGACCGGCAGACCAAUGGAGCCAGAGUCAGAGUUCAUCAUCAAAAUCCAAGACAUCAAUGACAAUGAGCCCAAGUUCCUGGAUGGACCUUAUGUCGCCACUGUACCAGAAAUGUCACCAGUGGGGACCUCUGUCAUCCAGGUGACAGCCACAGAUGCUGAUGAUCCGACCUACGGCAACAGUGCCCGGGUAGUAUACAGCAUUCUCCAGGGACAGCCGUAUUUUUCUGUGGACUCCAAAACAGGUGUAAUUAGGACAGCACUCAUGAACAUGGACCGAGAAGCCAAAGAAUACUAUGAAGUGAUUAUCCAAGCCAAGGACAUGGGAGGGCAGCUUGGAGGAUUAGCUGGGACCACAACAGUCAACAUCACCCUCUCGGAUGUCAAUGAUAACCCACCCCGCUUUCCCCAGAAACAUUAUCAGAUGAGUGUGCUGGAAUCGGCUCCAGUUAGCUCCACUGUGGGCAGAGUGUUUGCCAAGGACUUGGACGAAGGAAUCAAUGCAGAGAUGAAAUACACCAUUGUGGAUGGAGAUGGUGCAGAUGCCUUUGACAUUAACACAGAUCCCAAUUUCCAAGUUGGCAUCAUAACUGUGAAGAAGCCCCUGAGUUUUGAAAGCAAGAAAAGUUACACCUUAAAAGUGGAAGGAGCCAAUCCUCACCUAGAGAUGCGUUUUCUGAACCUAGGCCCAUUUCAGGACACAACAACAGUGCACAUCAGUGUGGAAGAUGUGGAUGAGCCCCCCAUAUUUGAGCCGGGCUUUUAUUUUGUGGAGGUUCCUGAGGAUGUGGCGAUUGGAACAACCAUACAGAUCACUUCUGCCAAGGACCCAGAUGUGACCAACAACUCAAUCAGAUAUUCCAUUGACAGAAGCAGUGACCCUGGAAGAUUCUUCUAUGUUGACAUUACAACGGGUGCCCUAAUGACUGCAAGACCCCUUGAUCGGGAGGAGUUUUCUUGGCAUAAUAUCACUGUCCUUGCUAUGGAAAUGAACAAUCCUUCCCAGGUUGGAAGUGUUUCCGUCACAAUCAAAGUCUUAGAUGUGAAUGACAAUGCUCCAGAAUUCCCCAGAUUCUAUGAAGCUUUUGUGUGUGAAAAUGCCAAAGCAGGGCAGCUGAUCCAGACAGUGAGUGCAGUGGACCAAGAUGACCCACACAGUGGUCAGCACUUCUACUACAGCUUGGCUCCGGACGCUGCUAACAACCCCAACUUCACCAUUAGGGACAACCAAGAUAACACUGCCCGGAUUCUCACCAGGAGGUCUGGCUUCCGGCAGCAGGAGCAGAGUGUCUUUUACCUGCCCAUCCUGAUAGCAGACAGCGGGCAGCCGGUGCUGAGCAGCACGGGCACGCUGACCAUCCAGGUGUGCAGCUGUGACGACUUCGGCCACGUCCUGUCCUGCAGCCCCGAGGCCUACAUGCUCCCCGUCAGUUUGAGCCGCGGCGCUCUCAUCGCCAUCCUGGCCUGCAUCUUUGUCCUCUUAGUGCUAGUGCUGCUCAUUCUGUCCAUGAGGCGGCACCGGAAACAGCCGUACAUCAUCGACGACGAGGAGAACAUCCACGAGAACAUCGUCCGCUACGAUGACGAGGGCGGCGGAGAGGAGGACACCGAGGCCUUUGACAUCGCGGCCAUGUGGAACCCCCGGGAGGCGCAAGGGGGAGGCGCCCCCAAGACGCGGCAGGACAUGCUGCCCGAGAUCGAGAGUCUCUCCCGCUACGUGCCUCAGACGUGCGCCGUGAACAGCACGGUCCACAGCUACGUGCUGGCCAAGCUCUACGAGGCCGACAUGGACGUGUGGGCCCCGCCCUUCGACUCCCUCCAGACGUACAUGUUCGAGGGGGACGGCUCCGUGGCCGGGUCGCUGAGCUCCCUGCAGUCGGCCACGUCGGACUCGGAGCAGAGCUUCGACUUCUUGACGGACUGGGGGCCCCGCUUCCGGAAGCUGGCGGAGCUCUACGGGGCGUCGGAGGGGCCGGCGCCCCUGUGGUGACGGAA